CCAGUUUAUUUCCCCGCAAAGAGAUUUCCUAGCCUUUCUCUUAGGGAGAUCUAUCCGUUCUUUCGGAAAGGAGAAAUCACGUGGAUACCAAAGGUCAAGGAUUAUCACCGCUAGACUGGAAGAUCUGUAAGUUCUAACUCAGAUCUUUUAUUAUUGUUAUAUUCGUUGUUUUGUCAUAAUCAGGGAAGAUCUGUUUGGGAAAAUUUUAAACUUCCGCUGCCGUACUUUCGAGGUACGUUACAUCAAUUUCCUAACAGUGGUAUCAGAGACAAACUGAUUCUAAUGACAUUACACGAAUUUUGUAGAUAUACAGACUAUCUAUUUUCGUGGAUCUAAAUACAUUAUUCUCAGAUUAUGUUUCCGAUCAAUGAUUGUUUUUCGAAGUAAUUAUAUUUUGAUUUUAGAAAUUGAAAUAUGAAUUGUAAUUGAACUGGACGACAGUCUUUUCGGAUCUACAAUUUGUUGUCUCUACGUUUUGAACGAUCAACCAUGACGACCGACCUUUAAUCGAUUUUCUAUGCGUUUUUUUUUUCUGUCCUUGCAAAACAUGGCCGCCAUUAAUGGCGAUUAAAAUUCUGCAAAAUCGUUCUCUAUGUUUGGAGCGCCUCCAGACGAGAUUCGAACGGGAAUGUAAAGACCAAUCGACCUCUUGCUUAGUCAUCGCCGUUCUAGUUGCACCGAAACCACCACGGACAUCGACGGUGAGGAUAAGCGAUGGGGCUGCAGGUUAACAACGAUUCCACUACGAAGCCUUGCAGCUGCGAUUUGUUUUUGGUUUAUGGGCUUACUUUAGAAGUUAGAAUAAAAUCAAGGACCCACUACAAUUUAAUUAAAGUCCUAAACUUUGGCAAUUGUGCACUAAUUCAUACGGAGCACUAAUCUAGGCCGUAUAUACAGAGUCUAAUUCCAUUAGAUGUGGAAGUUGUGAAAGUCCUGAUUCUAAUGUAACUUGGUUUUCUAUAUACGUAGUUAAACACUACGUAUCAAAAUUAAUCUUAAUUGCUUUGAUUAAUUAUCUAAUAGACAUAAGUAAGUUUAAUUUUAUCUAACUACGUAUUGUUGUUUUUUAAGCAUGCUUAUACUUUAAUUGUUUGACUGUUUAAUAUAUUUAUAAAUUAGAUUUAUAUUGCAUGCUUUAAUUUAUCUGUUUGAGUUAAAUCUCAUCAACAUAUUAUUUGAUAAUAUGUUUAGGCAUCUUGAUUAAAUAAUUUUAUACUCCGCUAAACGUUCCCCAUAAAUUAAAAUUUAAGUCUUAUCCGGGAUAAUGACAUCACCCAUCAUAAUUAAAUUAGUAGAAAUAUUUUUUCGUUGAAGAAUAUUUCACCCAAGUGUUUAUUCCAUUCGACAAAAUAUAGAACUAAUUUAUAGGUACAAUUGUUUGUGAUCGUGUGAUGGUUUUGACUUACUUAAAUUAGCUCGAGUCGCCCAAGCGUCAGUGUUAAUUUAGGGAUGUCGAUCAAUUUAAAAAAAAAUAAAAAUUGAUCAACCGAGAAUUGCUUGGACGCAAUUGGUCUAGGGACCUACCCAUUAUAUUAUUGCAGUGAUCAGCCCAAGCUGGGACUGUAAUAGUAUGAAUGUGGAUCUUGGCCACUAUGAUUGUGAAAACAAUCCAUGUUCUUUUUUAUUGGGGUCAAAGAGCAUGUAAAAAUAGUGGGAGCUAAAUAAUUAAAAGUCCAUAUUAUUUAGUUAACUAGAUGUGAUCAUAGGAAUUAAUAUAUGAUUUUAAUUUCAUUCUAUUUGAACUUCUUUAGACUUUUAGGAAUGUCGAAUUUAUCAUUGAGAAGUAUCCUGGAUACAUGCAAGCUUACUGGACCAAACUUUCUUGACUGGGAAAGAAAUGUGCGUUUAGUUCUUAGACAAGAAAAUAUUGAGUAUGUGUUAGACACACCGGUACCCAAGAUUCCUGAUGCCAACUCUCCUGAGUUUGCCACGUUUGACCUAACUGCUCGAGAGAAACACGUCACUAAUGCUAAAACUGUGCAAUGUGUUAUGUUGGCUGCAAUGUCUAUGGAGUUGCAAAGGCAACACGAUAGGAUGAGCGCCUUCGAGAUGCUUGAACACUUGAAAAGUCUGUUUGAUUCAGAAAGUCAGACUCUAGAGUAUGAACUUCUGACAGACAUUUUCAAGUGUAGGCUUCAAGAGGGUGGCAACGUGUCUGAGCACGUCCUCAAAAUGAUUGGCUUAAUUGAAAGAGUUGCUACCACCGGAAUUAAGUUUGAGGAUCGUGUCUCAGCUGCUAUCAUCCUAUAUUCGCUUCCGAGUUCAUUUACUAACUUCAUUGUGAAUUAUAAUUUGAACAAAACGAAAGCGACCAUGCCUGAACUCCAUAAAAUGCUCAAGUCUUAUGAAGCCUCAACCUCUAAAGGAAAGACUGUUCUUAUGGUAAGCUCUAAUGCUAAGUCUCGUUCUAAGAACAAGAAUAAGCAAAAGAAGAAAGGUAAGGUUGGACCUACUCCUACAGCUCUGAAGCCUAAAGGUGGAGGUCAUAUGAAGCCAAAGGUUGCAAAGGAUGUUUGCCUCUACUGCAAAGAGAAGGGGCAUUGGAAGAGAGAUUGUGAGUUGUAUAAGGCUAAUCUAGCCAAAGCACCGGGUGCUUCAAGCUCAGAAGCCUGAGAAGCAGUGUAGCAGUUGGACUGGGUAAAAUUGACCUACGCGUGAAGGUUGGAGCAAAAGUUGCUGCUGAACGUGAUAGGACCUUAUAGUUUAGAUUUGCCCAGUGGUUUUAGAUUAGAAUUAAAUAAUUGUUAUUUUAUUCCUUCUACUACCAAGAAGAUUAUUUCCAUUCAUAUGUUAGACAUUAAAAGAUUUAUGUUUCCAUUUUGCUAAUAAUAAUUGUUAUUUUCAUAAAAUGGUGUAGUUGUGAAAA